AUUUAACGCGUCUCUAGCGAUUGCUUGUAAAUAUUGAAUAAUUGGACUAAUUUGCCUUGGUGCUUUUUUAUUUGAAAACAUUGUUUCGCUUAAAGAGAAAAUAAUACGCAAUCGUUACGUUUUCGGGAUCGCUGAGAUUUUACAUGUUGUUUCAUGAAAAAUCGCUAUUUGUUCCGAGCGCCGGGUCACUGUGAUUUUAGUGUAAUGAAGAAACUGACCGUUUACGCGGCAAUCGUAUUGCGCAUUUUGUCCAUCGAAUAGGCUCCCAAAGAGCAUUGAACGCUGGGAACUGUCUUGCUUAAUUAAAAUACCUUUCUCUUUAAAUUGUGCCAUAAUCAUGUCGUGAAAAUGUCACAAAAUGAUUCCGAUGAAAUACGCAGUGCUGCCGAAUUGAUAAUAACUCAGUCACGUCUAAUGAUGCAAUCGCGCUUUGGCAAUCCUCCGAUUGAUAUGCCGCGCACUCAUUCGAUAAAUCUUAUAACUGAGGAAUUUCUUGGUGGUUAUAUGCAAGAUGGGCGCAUGUCGGUAGUGAGGAGAUUUUUCUGUUUAUUUGUAACUUUUGAUUUAUUUUUUGUUUCUCUAUUGUGGUUAAUAUGUAUAGUGAUUAAUGGUGAUAAUAUAUUUCAAGCUUUUCAAAAGCAAAUCGUACAUUAUACUAUAUAUACGUCGCUUUUCGAUGUAGUCGUUGCUGCAAUUUGCCGUUUUAUAAUAUUAAUACUAUUUUAUGCUUUGUUGUACGUAAAUCAUUGGUUCAUUAUAGCGCUAUCUACUAGCGGUUCGUGUCUAUUUUUAAUCAGUAAAGUUUUUUUAUUCGAUUUUCAGUGGGUGGACUCCAGGCAACAAAUUUUCGAAGUAAUUCUUAUUAUAACAUCUUUUGUGUUAGCUUGGGGUGAAGCUUGGUUUCUAGAUUGCCGAGUCAUACCACAAGAACGUCACGCACGCCGUUACUUUUCCAAUGGUACGACUUCUACUGAUCGCGCUCCCCAAAUGGCUCCUUUUCUAGCUUCAUACAAUGAAAGGCGUCCCGCAGAAAGUGUUGCAGAUUUUUAUUCUCCUUUAGAUUCCGCCCAUGACACCGAUGAAGAGGAAGAGCAGGAUGAAGAAUAUCAUCAAAUGGGCUUAGAUUGUGUGCGAAAAGCGUAUGAAUUGCUGCAAUGCACGGAUUGGAAAGUGGAAAAAGUAACUAAGAAAGGUGACACGAUUUGUAGCAUACAUCGGGAAAAAUUGGGUAAAAUCUAUAAAUUAACGGGCCGCCUAAAAUAUUCUCCAAAAGCUUUAUGUGAGGAAUUAUUUUAUAAAAUCGAAGGACAGCCACACUGGAAUCCUACAAUGCUUGAAUCGAAAAUUGUAAAAAAAAUUAACUCUUAUACUGACAUAACUUAUCAGGCGACCGUUGGCGGUGGUGGUGGCAUGAUUAAAAGUCGUGACUUCGUUAAUUUACGUUGCUGGCGUCUCUUUCGUCAGGGCAAAAUGUGUGAUGAUGGCAUUGCCAACGCAGAGGAGAGCAGUGAUGAGGAAAUACUGAAUGGUUCCUGCGAAGGAAGUGUCUCCACGGUAUCCGAAAGCGAAGGUUACGUAACUAGGAUGCCCGGUAGUGUGGGGAGCUGUCGUACAGAUCAUUGUUUAUCUGUACAGGCGCAGCGAUCAGAAGCUUUUCAAACUCUUAGUAGAAGCUUAGGAGCCAAAGAUUUCACGGAAGUAUUGCGUCUAGAUUUCGAUGAUCCUCCUCCGCUAGAGGAAGAAUUCGAAGAUGCCAAAGAGCAUUUAGAUGAAAAUCUGCAAAUUCAACAACAAACACCUACUACUGCUGCCUCUAAGCCUUCAAUUAAGGGAAAAGUAUGGAUUAGUGCCGCAAUUAGUGUCGAUUAUAAUAAAGUUCCGACAAUUAGUAAAUACACUAGAGGAGAAAAUCUUGUAGCUGGAUUUGCUAUGCAUCCGGUCGAUGGUAAACGUGAUGCUUGCAUAUUUGAGUGGAUCUUGUGUUUGGACUUGAAAGGCUACGUCCCACGUUACGUUCUAGAUACUGCUUACACAACAUUCAUGACCGAUUACAUGACUCAUUUGCGUAAAUAUAUUAAUGAGUUACGUCAAAAGCGUCGCCUAGUGCCUGGAAAAUAAGGUUUUUUAGAUUGUAUUUUAUUUUGUUUCCACUUCUUUUAUAUUAAGCAUAAAAUUGAUGUUUAUUUUGCUUUAAGUGUAAAAUUUAAGUUAAAAUAUAUAUAAAGAUAAGAAAAAGUAUAGAUCACAAACUGAACUGAAUAAACAUUCGAAGGCCACUUUUUUUUCUGUUUUUAUAUGUUAUCCAUUAAAUUGCACUUAUACAAUCCGUUAUUAUAUCUUUGAUUAUUGUAAGUCAAUAAGAAAUACUAUAAAUGUAAGGAAAAUAUUUUUUUUUUAAAUACAACCAAAAU